CCUUCUUCACUACUCCCUCUCCACGGCGCGACCUGGAACUCCAGAUAGCACAUCAUCCUCUCAAAAUGCCACCCCGCUCCGACCAAAUCUCCAUCCCCGCCGCCUGGAUCCGCGGCGGCUCGAGCAAUGCAGUCUUCUACCACGAAAAGGACCUCCCCCCCGAAGGCCCCGUGCGAGACCGCGUGCUAAAGCGAGUAAUGGGCACGCCCGACCCCAUUCAAAUCGACGGCCUAGGCGGCACCAAAGCCGUGACGUCGAAAAUCGCUAUAGUGCGCCCGUCCACGCGCCCCGACGCCGAUAUCGACUACAUCUUCGCGCAGAGCGGGGUGCGCGAGGACGUUAUUGAUUACACUGCGAAUUGCGGGAAUAUUAGCUCUGGCGUGGGGCCUUUUGCCAUUGACGAGGGGCUUGUGCGGGAGUUUCGCGAGGGGAGGUCGGUGGAUGCCGACAAGAUUCGCACGCAGGAGGUGCGCAUCUACAACACCGGAACGGAGAAGGUGCUCAUCUCGCACGUCCCGAUUGAUGCCGAGGGCUACUCUGUUGCUGAGGGGGAGUACACUAUGGCUGCGGUGCCGGGGACGGGGGCGCCGAUUUUGAUGGACUAUCGCGAGACGGUGGGCGCGUCGCGGAACAAGGGCUUGUUACCUACGGGGAAUCCGAGGGAUCGGAUCGAGGUGCAGGGGCAGAGGGUGGAGAUUACGAUUGGCGAUGCGGGGAAUUUGAUUGUGUUUGUCGGUGCGGAGGAGAUGGGGGUUUCCGGGCAUGAGACUGCAGAACAUUUGACUGAGAAGGCUGGGUUGCUGGAUCGAGUGAGGGAGGUGCGAGGCAAGGCGGCGUGUUUGGUGGGGUUGUGUCGGGAUUGGCGCAAAGUGGACGAGGAGUCGCCGUUUAUGCCGAUGUUGGUCAUUCUCUCUGGUCCGCCGCGGGGUGAUUAUGGCGAAGCACACAUGUCUGGUCGGUUGUUCCUCGAUAACAUGUGUCAUCCCAGCAUGGCGGGGACGGGCGCGGUGUCGACGGCGGCGAUGAGUCGGACAAAGGGAACGCUGGUGUAUGAUCUGGUUGGGCAGAAGGCGAGGGAGAAGGCUGUGCUCAACAUUGCCCAUCCUUUGGGCAUUAUCCCGGUGGCGGUGGAGGUGGAUGAGGACUCGGAUCUGCCCACCUUCGCCAAUCUGUCGUUUAUCCGGACUGCUAGACGGCUGAUGGAUGGGAAAGUGUAUGUGCCGAGGAAGGUGUUUGAAGGUGAUAUCAAGGGAGUUAACGGAACAAACGGUGUCAAUGGGGUCAAUGGCCAUGGUCAUGCAGGGAAUGGCAGAGGUUAAGGCAGUUGAUAUAUGUGUGAAGUGUACGAAUGAGAGUGACGAGGUUGGGUAUCAAUGAAUAAGACUUGUAGUGAUGAUUCAUG